AUGUCUUUGAGACCCUCCACCACGGGUGGCUGUAGACUUCUUGGCGGGUUGGUAUCCGCUUUUGGUACUGCUCUUCACGAUUAUUGCAGAAGGCCCCCAGCUUUUUUCCCGGAGCCUGUUGAUGUUUGGCUGGCGGCGUUGAUGGAUGCUGUGCCAUUUUAUCAGCGAUGUAUGGUGAUUUGUCCUUCAAUGAUGUCAAGCGAUCGUGAGAAUUCAUUGUUGGCUCGUGCCCGGGAUCAUCUGCCCUCCGUGCGUCUGGCGCCUCUCAGAAGACGCUCCUGGGAAGUUUCUCAACGAACCGAAUCGGCAGCGUCGCUGCGAGAGGAUGGAAAGGUGGCCAAGGAGGUCACACCGGGACAGUUGCCUGCAUUAAUUUCGCCGCUGGAGAACACGCCACCGCAAUCUCUUGAUCUUGUGGUGUUUGCGGCAAAUGUCUUUGGGGAGGAGAUGCUGCACGACGCGCCGUGGCAUCUGUCGCUUGCCCACCGUUGUCUUGCUCCUCAUGGGGUUGUGGCGAUUAUGGGCUAUGCGACCCGCGUUUGUGUGGUGGCGCCAGAAGCGGCGCGAAGGGACGCAGAUGACUUUAUGGAAGAUCUGCAACGCACGGCCCGUGAGGCAGCGAAGAUGAAGGAUUCAAAAGAGCUUCGCGUGGCUUUGGGGCGCGCUAUUGAUAUCAGUAGCAGUUUGGAUGCGGGACAUGCCGACAUGUACUUUCCUUUUCGAUCGACAAAAAGGCGGUGGUUUACAUCUGAGUACGCUGCCACUCCUGCGCAGCUCGCCGCAUCGUACCGGGCCCUUCCGGAGUACCAAAUACUCUCCAGGGAAAUGCCCCGUUAUCGCCAGGCUCUGAUUUCUGGAAGGCAAAAGGUGCAGGUGGGGGAAGAAACUGAAAAGGAUGAGUCAGUGAACGUUUUUCGGCGCCGUGGUGGCGCGGAACCUCUUGAAGUCUUGCAGGGGUGCUUGCAGGCGCAAGUGAUUUCGUUGCAUGGACGGAAUACGCUUGCGAUGCCUCCGCUGAGGGUUCAAGUACGGCACUUUAUCAUCACUUGCAGCUCACGUUCGGUAAACGCCGCUUCGGAGCCCUUUCAGCUUCGCUCCCUUGGAAGGGAGAUUCCGCAACUGAAGUAG